GUCAGCUGCCAUGAUGCCACUUCAGCACAGCAGAGGAAACACAACACCCAGAGUCGACGGCAGCAGGACACAACACGUGAGGCAGAACGAAUCGCUUGGAUGAGCGCCUGCCACACUGAGACAUAGACAUUCAUCACACGGACACAACUGAGGGGAGUCGACCAGUCAGUCCAGCAGACCAGCACUUAUCACCAGCGAAAACAGCACGGCACUCAGGAACACACCGGGACAGAAUGGGAAAUGCAAACAGGAGCAUAAGAGGAUACAGUUUUCUGCUGUGGGUCGCCACGGUGCUGGUGUUCGUGGAGAGCAGAAGAGGCAAACUGCCGAGAUGCCCCUCUGGAUGCACGUGCACCAAAGAUAACGCCUUGUGUGACAAUGUGAGAUCUGUGCCACACAGCUUCCCUCCUGAUGUCGUCUCACUAUCAUUUGUGAAGUCUGGAUUCACUGAGAUUGCAGGGGGAAGCUUUCUCCACACUCCAUCCCUUCAGCUUCUAUUGUUUACAGCCAAUUCUUUUGACUUCAUCGACGAAGAUGCUUUCCAAGGCCUGCCACAUCUGGAAUAUCUAUUUAUUGAAAACAACAAAAUUGAGUCGAUUUCACCCCAUGCCUUUAGAGGUUUGAAAUCUCUCAUACACCUGAGUCUUGCCUACAAUAAUCUUGAGACGUUGCCCAAAGAUAUUUUCAAAGGAAUGGAUGCCUUAACAAAAGUGGAUCUCAGAGGAAACAUGUUCAGUUGUGACUGUAAGUUGAAGUGGCUGGUGGAAUGGAUGUACAGCACUAAUGCAACGGUGGACCAGCUACACUGCAGUGGACCUUCAGCCUAUCAAGGCAAGAAGAUCAAUGACCUUGUGCCUCAGUCCUUCGACUGCAUUACAGCAGAGUUUGCUUUAAAGAAAACCCUUGUAUUUGAGUCCAUAUCUGUGGAGUCCUUUACAUUUGGGAAUGAUCAGUAUGUCGUAUAUGCCCAGCCUUUCUCUGGGAAAUGCAGCUUUUUGGAAUGGGACCACGUCAACAUGGAGUUCAGAGCUUAUGACACCAUAGAGAGCACUUCCACGGUCGUGUGCAAGCCAAUGGUCAUCGAAGACCACCUUUUCAUUAUAGUCGCUCAACUUUUCGGUGGCUCUCACAUUUACAAAAGGGACAGCUCUGCCAAUAAAUUCAUCAAAAUCCAGGACAUCGACAUCCUGAAAAUCAGGAAGCCCAACGACAUUGAGACUUUCCGCGUGGAAGGCGAGUUCUACUUCGUGAUAGCGGACAGCUCGAAGGCUGGCUCCACAACGGUGUACAAGUGGAACGGCAAUGGCUUCUACUCGCACCAGUCUCUCCAUCCCUGGUAUCGGGACACGGACGUCGAGUACCUUGAUAUCGCCGGCAAACCCCAUCUUAUUUUGUCUAGCAGCUCACAGCGGCCUGUUAUCUACCAGUGGAGCAGAAGCCAGAUGCAGUUCGACAGACGGACGGACAUUCCAGAGAUGGAGGACGUCUAUGCCGUCAAACACUUCAAGGUGAAGGGGGAGCUGUUUGUCUGUCUGACGCGCUUCAUCGGCGACUCCAAGGUGAUGAAGUGGGACGGCGCUAUGUUCACAGAGAUACAGACAAUGCCCUCGCGGGGUUCCAUGAUCUUCCAGCCCGUCUCCAUCGGCAACUGGCAGUACGCCAUCCUAGGCAGCGACUACUCUCUAACCCAGGUCUAUCAGUGGGACACCAAGAAGAGCCAGUUCGUGCACUUCCAGGAGCUCAACGUCCAGGCGCCGAGGGCAUUCUCGCUGGUGUCCAUUGACAACAGAGAGUUCCUGCUGGCUUCCAGCUUUAAAGGGAAGACACAGAUUUACGAGCACUUGAUGAUCGACCUGAGCAGUUAGUGUGCCAGUCGAACGCGCAGAGAACCAGAUCCUGGCUCAGCCGAGCCUGUUGUGAAAACACAUGCAUGAUCUAGCCUAGCGCUAAUAAUAAUAAUUCCAGAUGAAUGCCUCUCUAGAAACGCCCCCUUUGUGUCUUUCUCUGUUGUCACCAUCUGUUCUGCACUUUUCAUUUUUCCUGUUUUUGUUGUCCUUUUCAACAAAAGCUAUUGUUAACGUAUUCUCAUGCUUUGCCGUGUAGUCACUAAAGAGGUAUAACAAGGAAACAACAAAGGUCAAAUCAGUUAGCUGUUGACGUGAUAACAAUCUGCCAAAUAAACUGUUUACAUUUUUA